AUGGUUUCGUGUAAAGUAUGCAUGCAAAGUGUAGUAAUGAAUUUAAUUAUAUUAGUUUGGUCAUUAAUGCUUGAUGGAUAUUUUAUAAGAGAAAAUAGUGGUAUUAAAAAAGGUCUUGUCUAUUGUGAUUUAGAAGGAUGGAUAUUACCAGCAUAUUCAUUUUUUACAUCAAUUGGUAUAAUUCUUGCAUGUGUACAACUAAUACUAUUAAUUUUUUGUUGUGGUUGUUUAAAACCUGAAGAAUGUCUUCGUGUUCGUUCAUAUACAAUUGAUUUAUUAUGGGCAAUUGCCAAAGAAGUUCCACAAAUAAUGAUUAUAUUUCAUGUAAAUCUAUGUCGUGAUGGUUGGUUUAAAAUGUCUUCAUUAUUUAAAGCAAUAUUUUCUAUAUGUGUAACUAUAUGGAAACUCUAUAAUCUCUAUACAUUUUUACGUAAUGAUGUUAAAUCAGAAGAUAUACCACAAUGGUGUCGAGCUAAACGCUUAUAUAUUUGUUUUCCAAUAUUUCUUAUACCAAUUUGGCUUGUUAAUUUAGCUUUAUCAAUUAUGAUUGCUAUUCUAUUUAUUCAUCGUCAUCAUGGUGAAGGCUAUAUUAAAAUACCCGGUUCAAUACAUAAAUUACAUGUACAAGAUAAAUAUUUAUAUACAAAAUAUAUCGCUCGUUCAGGCAUAUAUCUUCGUUGGCCAGAUAAUAAUUAUAAUGAUUCUUAUAUGAAAUUAGCAGAAAUUGAUUAUAUAAUGGCUAAUAAAAAAACAACAGUUCAUUUAGUUUUUAAAUUACCAUAUGUUUGUUUUGAAAGAUCAUUAUUAGAUCGAACACCUAAUCAAUGUUUUAAACUUGAUAAUCAUACAAAAACUUUAUCAAUUAUAUCAAUGAAUGAAUUUAGUCAAUCGUAUACAAAUCAAAAAGAACAAAAUGCAACAUUUACAUUUCGAUAUAAAUCACAAUCAAAUAAAUAUAAUUUAGGACAGAUUAAUUAUAAUGGAAAUGUUAGUUUUGGUUCACUUUUCUUAGAUCAACUUUUAUAUUUUCGUUUACAUCAUGCUAAUGCUCAAGAUAAUGAUGAUGAUUUUCUUUAUCGAACAUCCGUAAAUAAUUAUCAAUUCUAUCGAAAUCAUCAUCAACUCAUAUCAAUUGACAAAGCAUGGCGAUAUGGUUUUGGAAAGUGUCGACCUUGUGUUAUAGGACCACAAUUAUCUACACAUUAA